UACUUUUGUUUUUUGGUGGAGCUUGUUCACUAUUGCUUGAGCUUGAGCUCAACGACUUCAAGCUUAAUUCAACGACUUCAGCCACAACCGGCAGCCGUUUGCUCAGGAUCUUAGUCUGGCGAAUUUGCUCUUUACGAAAUUUCAUCACAAACAUUCGUUAAACUGUCCAAUAACCACACCGAACUUGAGGCUAUAGUCAGUUGACGGGGGGCAUUAUGGAGACCACGUCGGGAAAGAUUCACCGACGAAAGUCGAGUAAAGACGAUGAUGAGAUAACUCCUGCUGUAAACACGACAGUUAACGAACCUAGCUCUCCGUUGUCCGCGUCAAUAUCCCCAACACCAACUCGACCUGCUCCUCCACCACCUCGGUCUCCUCGUUCACCACUUCCUAUCCCUGCUUUGCCAUCAGCAUCAUCUUCGUCUUCAUCACAUAGUCUACGCUCACCUAUUCACGCACGCGUACCAACUUCUCCUAUACCUGUGCCGCCGCGAGAAAAUAGCCAUGCUCAGCGUUCACGAGUACAUUCUACUCCGGCUCCGCCGCCGUUGCUGGGCCAUUCUAGGUCGAUGUCAAUCUCCGUACCGAGUCCACUGUCAUCUCCUAAUGGAUAUAACUCUGGACCUAGUUCAGCUGGGCUUGGUAGUGUAAAUCCGCCACCCUCUGCAGGCUCUUACCGAACAUCGUUCAAAGUAAACGGACAUGGACCGCCGCCUUCUUCGCCGUUCCGAACAUCAAUCUCGUCUCCGCAAAAUCUCGGUGUAAACGGCAUAAACGGUCAUUCCCGAACCCGGUCAAUUUCCACGCCGUAUUCUCCUCCCCUACCUUCCCCGCUAUCGUUUUCGUUCCCGGCUGAUGCCCAAUCCCGUCCUGCGCCUCCGCGUAGUCCAACAACAACGAAGAGAAUGUCUGCGCUUUCUGUAUCGAGUUCUCUCCCCGAAAAUCGCAACACUUUAUCACCAUCUUCAUCGUUGGGUGAUGCUACUGGUCAAGAAGUGGCGAAACCCGGACAGGGACAGGAAAGCCAGAAUAAUUAUGAUAGCAAACAGCACAAUCGUCGUCAUUCUCGAUUACAUUCCCGUAAUUUGUCGAUAUUUUUCCCUAGACCUGGUUCAUUACCGGCAAACUCGAUAUCAGAAGACGGUGCACAGGAACUCGAGUUUCCUUCUUCGUACUCUGAUGUGGAUGUGGAAGCUUUACCAAUGCCUUCCGCUGGUUCAAGCGUCAGCUUUCCGUCUUCUGGACGAAGAACCACGACUUCACUCCAGAAUGGUAUUAACGGGCAACUCACCCCCCUCGGAGCGAAUUUCACUUUCGGUGGACGCCCAGGUCGACCACCAGCACUGAGCGGUCCCACGACUGUACCUACGCCUCCGUUAAUGUCAAACGGUCCGUCCUCAGCAAGCUCGACUAGUUCGAGAAGAGGUCAUCAUCAUAAACAUUCAUUAUCGCAUAAUUUCUUUUCGUUUUUGGAACCAGGAGCAGGAGGCUUACCGAGAGCCGGAGCUGGCGUUGGUGUAGAACAAGAACAAGAACUAUACACCCAACCAACACCGACGCCUAUGAGUCCUUGGAAUCCGAUUUCACCCUUUCCGAAAAGUGCUGGGAUGGCCCCCGGGUCUGCGGGUCGCGCCCAUGAUCAUUCUCAUUCCCAGUCCCUCAAUUACUCACAUUUCCCUCCAACACCCACACUUCCUGCCGGUCCUACUGCUUCAUCAUCCUCUUCUUCCGAUCUCAGCGCCAAUACUAAUGCUUAUAUCCAAUCAUCUAACUCCACCCUCCCCACAUCCCCGCUGGCACUUCCAUUCACCAUCAUCCAAUUCUUCCUUGGGGCCUUCCUCUGGGUGUCUGGACAGCAGAUUGGGUCCCUGGGUACCACGGGGUUGGGGUAUUGGGUUGUGUUUGAUUCGUUGGGCGUAGGCGUCGGGAGGGUGUUGGGGAGUUGGUUAAGGGAAGGGAGUGCGGAAAGCGGGACUUCUUCCGGUAAUGGACGGAGUGCAUUAAGGAGACCGUACGGAAAUGCCCGCAUCGAAACUGUACUCCAAUUCGCACAAUCGGUGUACCUGAUGUUUUCCUCGGUGUAUGUGUGUAAAGAGACUGUGGAGCAUGUCCUUCUCAGUGCUGGAAACGCAGGAGGUGGAGAUGGUCAUCAUCAUCAUGCGGGGGAUGAGGAUCCUAAUGGGCACCUUGGGAUUCAAUUCCCCUACAUCCUUGCCUCUAUAUCCUUCGUUACCAUCACCAUGUCAGCGAUGAUGUUCGAUAAUCAUAAAAAAUUGGUCGAGAUCACCGGGAACCGUAUCCCCUCAAUAUCCACCCUUGUCCGCUCCUUCACCUCUUCCGUCCUUUCUCCCUUAUCAUCUUUAUCACAUCAACGACGGCCAACAAGAGCGAACGAAGACCCUCCGCCUUCUUCCCUACUUGGAAUAAUCAUCUCAAACCCAUACGUGGUGUUCCCGUUGGGGAUGUGUGUAGCUAUUUGGUGGGGCGGGAUUGGUCUGGAUGUCUCCCAUCACCGCACAUUCGACCUCUUCCUAGCAGGUAUCAUUACAUUUGUCACGUUCCGCGUGUCAUAUAGUUCCUCUGUUGUACUGGGGACUGUGCUGUUGCAGACUGCACCGAGGAGAAUAACGGAAGGUGAGAAAGCCGGUAGAAUAGGAAGAAUCGGAGGAGUAGGAAGAGUAGGACGCAUGGAGGCAUUUUUGCGAGCUAUGAAAGAUGUCGAACGCCACCCUCAAGUCCUCCACCUCCCUGCCCCACAUAUAUGGCAAUUCACUCCAACGCCGGCGGUCUUAUCAAGAUCAUCUGGCAAUACGUACAACGCAAAGUCUUUCACUACAACGUCAUCUACUCCAGAACAUCUCGUCGUAACGCUCGAGCUUCACGUUCGCAGGGAUUUAUCUGACGAGGACGUGUUGAAGCUCACGAGGUGGGCUUGGGAGAAGUGUGUUGGGGCGUUGACGGGGGGCGUCGGUAGAAGUAUCGAUUUAACUGAAGAUGUGGGUGGUGAUGUGAAAAAUGGUUAUGGCAAUGGAGGUCCAAAGGUAGGAGUGAGAGGUGAGAUGGUAAAAGCAGAUGUUACAGUUGGUGUGGUACGAGGAUGAGAAAGAAAUAUUUGAUUGUAAGUGUAGGGGGAUGCAGAACUGAGGAGGGCUACGUAAGAGAGAAAAGGGGCGUUUCUUGUUGUUUCUACUUCGCUAUCGCAUGAUCUUCGUCGAAAGGACAUUUGUUGCUGUCAUCGUGAUUGGCAUACGUUUCAUUGGUCAACGACGAGCAUCAUUACAAAAUUGAUUCAAAAAAUAACCCCUUUCAAUUUGAAGAGUAAA